GUUUAAUCAUAACUAUAUAGGGAAAACACCUGCUUAAUUUGUUAUCAAAUAUACUUCCUUGUACAAAAAACAUGUAUUUUAUAAUCUGAUAAUUUAUUUUAGAUGAGGACUAUAUGUUUAUAAGAUGACAUGAAUCAAAUUAUGAAAAGCAUCAAAAAUGACAACUCCUUCUGAGACAUCGGAUUGUACAAAAGUGAAACAGCUGUUACAGGAAAAAGACAGGAUAAGUCAAUGUGGAUACAUACACAUGAAUCACGAAGAUGGAGGAGAUAAACUGUGCUGCAAUUGUGUUACGAAUAAACAGUCUCUACAUAAAGUGUACGCGUCUAAUGAUAUCACAGGUGGCAGUCUAUCUACUAAUGGAAUAAACUCAGUUUGUAAACUGUCUGAGCUCGAAAAUGGUUAUAUCCAUCCUAUUCAAGAAUUGAGCCGAAACGGUAGUAACGCGUGUAAACAUGUAUACAGUGAGCCACAAUUUAGCAGACAAGUAAAUAGAUGUACACGGAAUGAAAGUAGUACCAGUGACAGUUAUGCAAUUAUUCAGUCAUGCAGAAACAGCUCAAAGUGUUCUCAAACACAUUUAUUCCAAACUUUUAAUGAAAACAACAAUACAGCAUUCAAAAAAGGAUUUUGUCUGUUAUUAUCACUAAAUGUGCUGUUCUUUUUGUCAUAUGUAAUUGGUGUGCCGUUGGUUUACGCAUCAAGCGAAAGAUUUGAUACAUGUUUUAAAUGUGACAUGUUGCCAAUGUUGACAAAAGAAGACCUAGCAAGAAUAAAUGUUGGUCAAGAUACAGAUGGCACAUGUUGCCUGGAGUCAUCAGCUGGACUUCUAAAACUUCUAAUCAAGGGUUUACCAGGUAUUAAAGAUGUAGAAAGAAAUCACAAGCUUUUAAACAUACUACUGGCACGCAAGCGUUCUGCUAUUGAGGUUAUUGGAUUAAAAUUGUCAAAUAGUAGAAUAUUUUGGAGUAAACACACAGUGAAUGAAGGCGAUCUAACAUACAACUCUAGCGGUAUCCAGAUCUCAGUUGGUGGAACGUAUGCAUUGUACAGCAGAGUUCACUUUAGAACAGAUUUGUGUCAGAUACGAAG